CGCGAGGACGGCUGGAGAGGACUCUGGCUUUGUUCAGCCAGCUUCGGGACCGUGCUUUUUGAUUUCACCGCAAUGCUCGUUAGACGAAGAUGAUUUAAAGCAGAGCUUUGGACACCCCCGCCCCGCCAUCGAGGCUUUUUCCCAGCCGUGGGUGGACUCGGUUCCUUAGCAGCCUGUUGCCCUGCGGAUGUCUUCAGGUGCGUUAUUUCCAAGCCUGGUGCCAGGCUCCCGUGGCUCUUCGAGCAAAUACCUGGUGGAAUUUCGGGCAGGGAAGAUGUCCCUGAAGGGCAGCACUGUGACCCCAGACAAGAGAAAAGGCCUUGUCUACAUCCAGCAAACCGAUGACUCCCUCAUUCACUUCUGCUGGAAGGACAGGACUUCGGGCAGCGUCGAAGAUGAUUUGAUUAUUUUUCCUGACGACUGUGAAUUCAAGAGGGUACCUCAGUGCACUACUGGCCGUGUGUAUGUAUUGAAGUUCAAGGCAGGAUCAAAACGACUCUUCUUCUGGAUGCAGGAGCCGAAGACGGACAAGGAUGAAGAACACUGCCGUAAAGUGAACGAGUAUCUCAACAAUCCACCAAUGCCUGGUGCUUUGGGUGGAAAUGCAAGCGGAGGCCACGAGCUCUCGGCAUUAGGAGGUGAGGGUGGCUUGCAAAGCCUUCUUGGAAACAUGAGCCAUAACCAGCUCAUGCAGCUGAUCGGACCAACGGGCUUAGGAGGACUUGGUGGGCUGGGUGCGCUGACGGGUCCCGGGCUGGCCAGUCUGCUUGGAAGUGGGGGACCCCCGACCAGCAGUUCAUCAUCAAGCUCUCGCAGCCAAUCAGCUGCUGUGACGCCAUCUUCCACGACUUCUUCUACACGUGUAACGCCUGCCCCGUCCGUUCCUGCGGCUGCGUCUGUGACCAGUCCGAGCCCCGUACCAAGUUCGGGUAAUGGAACCAGCUCAGCCACGAGCCCAACCCAGCCUAUUCAAUUGAGUGACCUUCAGAACAUUUUAGCUACUAUGAAUGUGCCAUCUGGAGCAGGAGGACAGCAAGUUGACCUGGCAACUGUUCUGACUCCCGAGAUAAUGGCUCCCAUCCUGGCCAACGCUGAAGUUCAAGAACGGUUGAUGCCUUACCUUCCCUCAGGGGAAUCUCUGCCGCAGACUGCAGAAGAGAUUCAGAAUACCCUGACGUCUCCUCAGUUUCAGCAGGCAUUGAGCAUGUUCAGUGCUGCCUUAGCUUCAGGACAGCUUGGCCCACUAAUGAGUCAGUUUGGCUUACCCGCAGAGGCAGUAGAUGCAGCAAAUAAAGGAGAUGUAGAAGCAUUUGCCAAAGCAAUGCAGAACAGUGUCAAGUCAGACCAAAAGGAAGGAGACUCUAAGGACAAGAAAGAUGAAGAGGAAGAUAUGAGUUUAGAUUAAGUUAUUUGCUCUUCCUUACAGAUAUUCCUAGAUACUAACUUAAGCAACUGCAGUAGGAUUACUAACUUCAUAUUAUGCUUAUAUAAAUCUACAAAUAAAGGAAUUUUCUUUAUCUGCU